UGCGAGCCACCAUUGUGAUCCUGUGUAUCGGAGAGACUCACAACCUGAUCAACUAUGUGUCGUUUAUUAACUUCCUGUCCUAUGGAGUGACCAUCGCUGGCCUGCUGUACUAUCGCUGGAAGAGACCCAACCUGCUACGACCCAUCAAGGUGAGUGUGUUGGUCCCUAUCAGUUACCUGGUGUUCUGGGCGGUGCUGCUGGGGUUCAGCCUGUACUCGGAGCCUGUGGUGUGUGGCAUGGGGAUCGUCAUCAUGCUCACCGGGGUACCCGUCUACUUCGUCGGAGUCCACUGGAAGAACAAGCCCAGAUGUGUCUACAGGGUCGUGGAGUGUGUGACCUACGUGGGCCAGAAGUUGUGUUUCGUGGUGUUCCCCCAAGAAGACCUGUCAGAGAUCACCCCCCUCAGAGCCUCGGAUAAACACAACGACUGAACGG